AUGGGUGUUUGUUAUGCAAGCGAGGCGUUGGUGGGUCAAUCAUUGCUUUGCUGCGCAACCAACGAGACCUUCUCAGGCGCUCGAUGUGUGCCAGUGGGCAUCUCACGAUGCGGCUACGUUGAGCAAGCUGCGCGCAGCUGUUAUACGGCUGUGGUGACUAUGUAG